CUCUCUCUCUCUCUCAAAAGUACCUUCUUAUCUCACCUCUCUCUCUCUCUCUCUCUCUCUCUCUCUCUCUCUCUCUCCCCCCCCUUCUCCCCCUUCGAACACACAACAUACACAAUCAACAAACAAGAAAAAUGGACGGAAUAAGCAGCACAGAAGAGAGCACAAGCAGCGACUCCAUAUCCAUUUCCCCACUCCAACAUAUUGUUGCACGUGUGGACCCAUUUGCCAAGUCAGCACCCCAAGUGGCCAGCCUCUGCCGCGUCGGCAGCGGCGCCAGCAGUGUGAUUCUCGACCCCGAGCUCAGCAGCAGCGGCGGCACUGGCGGCGUCGAGGCCGAGUCCCGGAAGCUCCCUUCCUCCAGGUACAAAGGCGUGGUCCCGCAGCCCAACGGACGCUGGGGUGCCCAGAUUUACGAGAAGCACCAGCGCGUCUGGCUGGGUACCUUCAACGAAGAGGACGAGGCCGCCAGGGCCUACGACGUUGCUGCACAGCGCUUCCGUGGCCGCGACGCCGUCACCAACUUUAAGCCCUCAUCCGCCGAACCCAUUUCCUCCGACGACGAAGAAAACGACGACGCCGAGGCCGCGUUUCUGAGCUCCCACUCUAAGUCCGAAAUCGUCGACAUGCUGCGAAAGCACACUUACAAUGACGAGCUGGAACAGAGCAAGCGCAACAACUCCGCUUACGGGAAGCGGUCCCGGUCCAACGGAUCACUGGGCCUGUUCGGUACGGACAACAGUGGAGUCCCGAAAGCGCGUGAGCAGCUUUUCGAAAAAGCGGUGACCCCGAGCGAUGUCGGGAAACUGAACCGCCUCGUGAUCCCGAAGCAGCACGCGGAAAAGCACUUUCCUUUGCAAAGCGGAAGCGCUGCAACCUUAACGGUAAGCGCUUCUACCGCUUGCAAAGGAGUGCUUUUGAAUUUUGAGGAUGUCGGGGGCAAAGUGUGGAGGUUUCGGUACUCUUACUGGAACAGCAGUCAAAGCUACGUGUUGACCAAAGGGUGGAGCCGGUUCGUGAAGGAGAAGAAUCUGAUGGCCGGGGACAUUGUGAGCUUUCAGAGGUCGACCGGACCGGACAAGCAGCUGUACAUUGAUUGGAAGGCCAGGAUGAGUGUGAAUAAUACCAACAAUAAUGGGUCAAGCCCGGUUCAGGUUGGUCCGGUUCCGAUGGUUCGGCUAUUUGGGGUCAACAUAUUCAAAAUACCUGGGAGCAGCGGGCCCGGGUCAGCGGAUGCAGCUGCAGCUGCUGCUAUCGGCGGAGGUUGCAAUAAUAAUAUUGGAAAGAGAAUGAGAGAGAUGGAGUUACUGGAAUUAGAGUUUGGCAAGAAGCCAAGGAUCAUUGGAGCUUUGUAGCAUUUUCUAGUUUUUAUUUGUUUUUCUCUAGCGUUUUGUGAAGCUGCAAGAAACGUGGAAUGUAAAUUAGAUGACCAAAAAAAAAAAA